AGGUCUGAAUGACAACUACAUGACAAUGGAUUCCAGUUAUUGUGGACUCCAUCUUCUGAUGUGGGCUAUUAUUGUAUUAAGUUUGGUUCACUCAGACGCUGUGUUGACAACAACCCAAAUUGAAUCUUUACAUCAGGCAUGCCCGGGAUACGAAAAUUGUUACAAUACUGCAAGUGCUGCUUUAUGUUGUUUACCAUGCUCCUGUGAUACUUCUGUUUGCAUACACAAAGGUAACUGCUGCCCUGAUAUACAAACUACAAAUCAAACUGAACAAAUUGCAAAUCAAACUGAACCAAACAAGAGUCAAUCUGAAUGCGUUACUACAACCAUUAAUUUGAAUAAAAGUCAGAAACAAAUGUCAAAAUACGAUGAAAAAGGUUCCAAGUCACACUUAGGAGUAACUAUGGUAACAGGGUGUUUGCCAGCUAUUAAUGAAACGCGUUGUACGGAACCUGAUGCAACAAAGUUUAACGAAAGCACUCCAGUAUAUGACUUCGACAAUGGAUUGACGUAUAGAAAUAUUUUCUGUGCCCAGUGCAACAAUAUCAGUAACGACAACACUACUUACUUGGAACCAUGGAAAGCUUUCAUCACAUGUUCUAAGGUGAAUGUAAUUAAAGCAGACAUAUUAUUGUUUCCUAUUACAGCCGAGUCAGUUUUUACAUACACUGCUACGACAAAUUACCACGAAUGUGGCAUUGACUUCUUGCCGCCAAAUGGAGCAGAUGUGAAACAGGACUUCUGUUUCGAGGAAACAAACAUUGUCAGAGUAUGUCCAGAUGAAUUCAAGAACACCUCCGUACGAGCGGCAUGUGGCGAGUUUUAUAUGCCUUAUAUAAGUGCUCAAGAAAACGAAACAUUCGUAUACGGAAACUACUUUUGCUAUUUGUGUAAUACAUUCGACAGCGAUAAGGACAAUCACACCUGUCCGUCUGAUGUAGAUAUUUUUCUUCACGACGAAAAUGAGUUGGUUGCUGAACUGAACAAUGGUAUGGGAGACGAUUCACAGAUUAUUCCGCCAUUGCUGGACGUAGAGCUUACACCUGCUAGUUAUUUACCGUCUGGUGUGAGAUGUGGAGAGCAGACAUUUGACCCUUUCUUGGAGAAAUGCAGGGAUUGGUAUUGUCCUAAUGGACGUCAGCGUGUCGGCGUCAACUGCAUUCCUAUUUACAAAGACGUCAUCAAAGCGAAAUACAGUAUAUCUCUAAAGCUUAUCCCAGACAGUUUGUCAAAAGACGUUUUCGAGAAAACAAACAAAACAAUCUUCACUGAUGAUGUUUUAGCGCAGAUGUUUGGAUUUGACAAUCAGAUCACUACAGAAAUUAUUGUUCUUUCUAUAACAGAUGAUAACUCUUACAUUUAUACAUUUAUACUGGUAAGCAUAGAUCGGAAUUCAGUCAACAAAAGUAUAAUUUUUGAUGAAACAACGUAUGAUAGAGAUAUAGCUAUCCUCACGGAGAACGGAACCGUUGGUGUCCACGUGGAGUUUUCUGUAGGUAUCAAAAUAGAAUUAAGUACAUACCCGCUUAGCGAUAUUGUUAUUAUAGAUCUUAUUAAGUAUACUGCUUUAAUAAACAUUUACAGGGUCGAUGUUGAGGCCAUUAAAUCUUCAUUCAAACAUAUGCAAAUAAACAAACUGUCAUUUUGCACACAAGUGCUUCUUCAUAGAAGCGAAAUUCACGAUUACAUUGACAUCUUUGACAUAAUCAAACCUGACACUCGUAUUAAUACCGGCGAGUUUGCAAGAACCACGAACUAUGAACAGGUACGCAUGUGCCUAUCCGACUAUCUCCGCGACGCCGGUAAAUAUCUCGAAGAGAAACGCAAGGGUCAGGUUUACUCACCACAGGCUAUCGUUUCGGUUAUUUGUAAUAUGAUGUCAAUUGCCGGUCUUUUAAUCACUAUCUUAACGUAUGUCGUUUUCGACGAGCUGCGUUCUAUUCCCGGAAAGAAUAACCUAAUGUUAUCAGUACAUCUUCUUUUCGCGCAGGUUUUAUAUCAGUUUGGCAUGGAUCAGACGGAGACCCCAAAGCUUUGUAUCGCUCUAGGUGUUUUCAUUCAUUUAUUUUGGCUUACUGCAAUUUUCUGGAUGAACGCAUGCACUUUGCAUAUGUUUCGGACGUUUGUAACUGGACAGAGUUAUCGUUCCGUAAGAGCAUUAGAUCCGCAAGUCUGUUGUUAUGCAUUGUAUUGCUAUGGCAUUGCUAUUUCGAUGGUAGCUAUAAACAUCACAGUUUCGAUGUAUAGAUCCAAUGGACAGGAAAUCGGGUACGGUGGACGUGUAUGUUAUAUAUCGAACCCGGUUAUGGUUGGUUGGGUGUUUGCCCUGCCUGUUGGCGUGAUAAUUAUCCUUAACAUGGGAUUCUUUUUCGCCGUCGUAUAUCAAAUAUCAGCAUCCACUAUGCGUAGACGUGGAAAAUCGACCGACCGCGCCAAUACAGUGAUAUACAUGAAAUUAUCAUCCCUCACUGGAGUUACGUGGAUUUUUGGCUACUUGUAUCUAUGGACCGAUUUUACGCCCCUUGAAUACAUUUUCAUUGUACUGAAUGCAGGGCAGGGAGUAUUCAUAUUCAUUUCAUUUAUCUGUACGCAACGAAUCACGAAACUGUACUGGAAUUUGUUCCGGAAACAUUGCCGGUCGUGUAGGAAGAACCGUUCGUGCGUAUGCAUAUGUGCAAACAAGAUGGACGAGUCGGAAGCUAAUGCUGUAGAAAUGAACACCGCAAAAAUUUCGCUUACCGCAGCCUCGAUCACAAAGGGAUUUCAUUCGCGCAAGCGCAAAGACGAAAGUAAAUCCGGUUCCAAUAACAAGACGCACUCGUCUUCAGAUAUUAUAAAGGAUAGUUCUAAAAUUGCUAAGCAGUUGUGCAACCCUGUUGCCAAUGGUAAUGGUCACGUAGAAAGCAACAGUGAAAUUAACAUGGAUUUUGUAAAUUAUAAUGCUGGAGGGGUGGUCAGCGAGGGUCUUCAAAACGGACUUCAAAACAUCGCAAUCGCAGCCAUUGGUUUACAUGAUAUAGAGUUUAUACCAGCCAAACAUGGCGAAUGAGAUAUGUUUAAGUCAAAACAAUCCUUUGAAAUACGG